AUGGCAAUGCUCCAUCACGCAGCCGCCGGCAACAAAUGUACGAACAGCCGCGGCGGGAUCGGUAACGCCGUUCUCUUAUUACAUCCCAUACGUGUUGAUGCCUGCCAGUCAUCAACCACGACCUUGGCUUGCUCUUCAUAUUUAGCAAGCCAAGCAGAGUACCUCAGAUCAUUUGACUUCACUGCAAACGCUUCGCAUCCUUUACCAGCAGAAUGGCAGCAGGGCUUCGGGCGAAGUCCACAAUGCUCAUCGUAUUCCUCCGCCAGUGAAGCUGCCUCCGGUUCGAAUCAUCUUCCGUUGUCUUUAUGUCCCAAUGAGCAAUCAACACCUCAAGGCGGGACUUUCCAAGGACUCCCACUCGAAAUACCGCCUGUGUAUCCCCCAGGCCACGACAAAAGCCACGAAAUCACGGGCAUAGAAUGUUGUGGAGACUGCUAUUUCCACGUACCACGAGUGCAAGUAUACUACUUCCCAGUCCCUACCGGACAGGCAUACUGCAAGUCAGUCGGUCGCCAAUACGGCUCCGUCUCAGACUUGAGCACAUGGCGCGCAUUGCCAGACUUCACAUCCCUUGACGAUACCGACGCAUCAGCCUACCAAGGGAGCACUGUCGUCAAUGGACACACUCUAGUCGCACCAUCAGUCUACAUGCAAGUCGAAGGCUCCAUGAUCGUCAACGACAAAUGCGGCUCCGUAGGCACCACUCUAACAUCCCCUUUAUUCUCCUUCGCUGCCGAGGACAUCUCCACCUUCGUUCUUCCUCCAGUCACAAGCCCACGACCCGACGGCUCCGAUCCUGUCCCCCUGCUAACAGGACAAUCCCAACUCAACGUCGCAGACCUCGCAUGCCCCUCAACAGGCGUCGCGCAAGUAUCUGUCCCGGACUUGGGCUUAGGCGCAGGUCCGCAUACAUAUUACUACGGAUCACCCUGGUUGCCAUUCAUCGCCCCGCCUUCGAAGAUCUUAUCCUCCGAUCCUUCUUGGUCGACAGGUUGUGCGCAUGUCGUGAAAUUUGGACCGGCUGAGUACGUAGGCUUGUUCGAUCCACCUAUUGCAUUGGUUCCGCAGCAGAACAUUGUCAACCCUGUGACUGCUGCGGCUGCUGCUGGUGCUACGGGUUCUCCAACACAUCCUGGCCAGUCGAUUGUGGCCGCUGUGCCAAAGAUUACGGCUGUUGCGGCUGCUCACGUACAGGAGCCUCCUGCUGAGAACACUGGGAUCGUGAAUCCUGGCAAGAAUGAUCCUGGAAGCAAAGACACCAGCAGUGGUAAUAAUGACCCUAAGAGUACGAGCAGCGAUAGGAGUGGCAAUGCGGGUAAUGGUAACGGCGACACUGGAAGCAAAGAUACCAAGAAUGAUGGGGAGGGCCAUCAACCAGCUGGCGGUGAUACCAACAAUGCCAAAGCAGACAAAGUUCCGAACAAAAGCAGUAGUGUUGCCGGUAACGGCAGUGGGGACUCCAACGGUGCGGGCAGCAAGAAUCCUGGUAGCCAAGAUUCUGGCAGCAAAAGUACUGGCAGCGAGCGCAAUGGAAACGCAGGGAAAGAUGGGAACACUGACGAUAGCGGUACUGGCAGCGGAAGUACCGGAAGCCAGGAGACUGCGAACGGCUCAGGUAGCGACAAAGCAGCUAGUGGCAAUCCCGGUAGCGGUGGCUCUGUCCGCAGUAGUACUCAUGCUGCCCAUACAGGUGCUGCCAAAAAAGGUAGUGACAAUAAUAGCUCUGGGAGCAAGAACGUAGGUGGCCAGAGUUCUGCUUCAAGCCCAAACACCGGCAAGGACGGUAGCUCUAGUGGUAGUGGUGGAGGCAAUACUGAGAACAAAGACGCUGCAAGACUAGGGACCGCGGGCGCACAGACUAGCAAUACGGAUGCUGGCGGUGACGACAAAAGCACGGACAUCAAUAGCGUGCAGGGCAAUAACGUACCAGCAAGUGGCGCCAAUGAUCAAGGUGCCAAAGCUGGCGGUGUAAACAACAGCAAUGACGUAGUCCAGUCUAAGGACCAUAGCGCAUCCCAAUCCAUUUCACAAUCUUCUGGUACUACUGGCACGAAUGAGAACUCGACGGACUCAUUAGGGAUGGACUCAUCAGGGAUGAACACAAGCUCUGAUAACGUACCAAAUGCCAGCACCGAGGGCAAAAACAAGCAAAACACCAAAGCCAGCGCCUUCGCAGAUCAAUUCUUUAGUCCUUACGAGUCUGGCGGGAAGUCUCAAUUGGCCGGCACAUCAAAGAAUCAGCCCACGAAGGAGAAUACUCAUGGUUCCAAACAGCUUGACUACAACCCUUCAUCACUAGGUGGAAAGGCGGCGGGGUCCUCAAAUGAUGUAUCAAGCGGACAGGAAGGAGACAGAGAAAGCCCUGCGUUCAAUUCAUCGGAGACGGCAAGUCCCAUAAAUUCGGAUUCAAAGGGGUCUGAUGGUUCCGGAAGUGUUCAAGCAAACAAUACUGGGUCUUCUGCUGGUCCAAAUGGUACCAUACUCUCUGGCAAUGGCCCUCCGAACAGUACAGAUACAGGAUCAGCACAACCAAGCGGCUCGGCUGGACCAGGGAAUGCUUCUACCUCAACUGUGGCUUUCAUGGGUGUUGGCGACAGAGUGGUGACUAGCCAGACUUUGUCAUGGACCUUGAUUUUCUUAAGCAUAAUUCAUAUCCUACAAUUCACACCUUAA